UCAUUCUCUUCCCACCACUCACUCACUCAUUCAUUCACACUAACCAAAUGCCUCUCAUAUUCUCUCCUAUUUUCCCUCCUUCUGCAUUUCUUUAUUAUUAUUGUUCCAACUAUUUUCAUUCUUUUGCUUCAUGUCUUUACUGUUUUUUUAUGAAAAAAAAGGACUUCUCGUUGUUUCCCUUCUCAAUCCCAUUGCUCGUUGCCACGUGGGUCCCUUGCACUCAACCCACAUGAUUGUGACACUCAUCAUAGUGACACACAACGAUUAAGUUUCCUUCUUCAACUGCCCCUCCUUUCAAUGUUCAUGGUGUGUGCAGAUAGCUAGCAAGCUAAACUAGGACUUGACCAGGUGAGUUUUCCUUGGAGAUCAAAGAAGUUUAUAUGUUUCGCCGAAAUCUUAGCAGGGUUCCUCUCAAAAUAUUGACGAGGUGGCUCAUAUUCCUUACUAUCUUGAGAGUCAGUUCAGCUAUCAAAGAUCCUGAUGUAGAAGGUGAAGCUCUGCUUGAUCUUUUACAUUUCCUCAAUGAUUCCAAUAAGCAAAUAACGGACUGGGACAGCCAUAUGGUUAGCCCGUGUUUCAGUUGGUCUCAUGUCACUUGUAGAAACGGACAUGUCAUAUCACUGGCCCUGGCUUCGGUUGGAUUUGUUGGAACACUGUCUCCCUCAAUUACCAAGUUGAAAUAUUUGGUUAGCGUGGAAUUGCAGAACAACAAUCUUUCAGGACCCUUGCCCGAUUACAUUUCCUACUUGAAAGACCUACAAUAUCUAAAUCUUGCUGACAAUAAUUUUAAUGGUUCUAUACCAGAUAAAUGGGAUGAACUAUCCAAUCUAAAGUAUCUGGAUCUUUCGUCUAAUGGUCUUACUGGAAGGAUCCCAAUGCAACUCUUUUCAGUUCCAAUGUUUAACUUUUCAGACACGCACCUUCAGUGUGGUCCUGGCUUCCAGCAGACUUGCACUUCUAAAUCUGAAAAUCCAGAUUCAACCCACAAAUCAAAACUGGCAAAAAUUGUACGUUAUGCAAGUUGUGGUGCCUUUGCACUUCUGUGUCUUGGGGCUAUCCUUACAUAUCGACACCAUCAAAUGCGUGGGAACAAAAGGGACGUCUUUGUUGAUGUUUCAGGUGAAGACGAGAGCAAAAUCUCCCUUGGGCAAUUGAGAAGAUUUUCUUGGCGUGAACUACAACUUGCCACCAAAAAUUUCAGUGAAGGCAAUAUAAUUGGUCAGGGUGGUUUUGGAAAAGUGUACAAAGGAGUACUCUGUGAUAACACCAAAGUAGCUGUGAAGCGCCUCGUUGAUUAUCACAACCCUGGUGGAGAGGCUGCAUUCGAGAGAGAAGUUCAACUUAUAAGUGUUGCAGUUCAUAGAAACCUCUUAAGACUGAUUGGCUUCUGCACAACCUCAACUGAAAGAAUCCUUGUAUACCCUUUCAUGGAAAAUCUCAGUGUAGCUUAUCGACUGAGAGAAUUAAAACCAGGUGAGAAAGGCUUGGACUGGCCAACAAGAAAACGUAUUGCUUUUGGCACAGCUCAUGGUUUGGAGUACCUACACGAGCAAUGCAAUCCGAAGAUAAUACAUCGUGAUCUAAAGGCUGCAAAUAUCCUUCUAGAUGAUGAAUUUGAAGCUGUUCUUGGUGACUUUGGGCUAGCCAAGCUGGUUGAUGCAAGGAUUACUCAUGUCACCACUCAAGUGCGUGGCACAAUGGGUCACAUUGCCCCAGAAUAUUUGUCCACAGGAAAAUCUUCAGAGAAGACUGAUGUAUUUGGAUAUGGCAUAACACUUCUUGAACUAGUUACCGGUGAGCGUGCAAUAGACCUCUCUCGGCUUGAAGAGGACGAGGAUGUUCUUCUCAUCGAUUAUGUGAAAAAGCUGCUGAGAGAAAAAAGGUUGGAGGACAUGGUGGAUAGAAAUUUGGAGAGGUAUGAUCCAAAGGAAGUUGAGACCAUUCUUCAGGUUGCAUUGCUUUGCACCCAAGGGUACCCUGAGGAUCGUCCAAGCAUGUCAGAGGUGGUAAAAAUGCUGCAGGGAGUGGGAUUGGCAGAUAGAUGGGCUGACUGGCAGCAACUUGAAGAGGCCAGGAAUCAAGAAUUCUCACUCAUGACUCACCAAUUUGUUUGGAAUGAUGAAUCUACACUUGAUCAAGAAGCCAUACAGCUUUCCAGAGCAAGAUAAGCUGGAGAGUCAAUUUUGAAAUGUCUAGUUUCUUGUGCCAUUGAAUAUAAUAUAUACAGACAUAUUUGUACUUAAUGUACUCUAAAGAAAAAUGUAUAAGUGCCUAAGAAGGCCAGUGUUUAUACAAUGGAAAAGAAAAGAAAGAAAUGAAGGGGUUUUAGCACAGGCAUGUUGGAACAUGAACAUAGGGGAAGAUUCAGGUUGCAGUAUGUAUAGCACAACUCUGUUGCUUUUGUAACCUUUGUAACUUGGAAAUGCCCUGUGCUUGUAUUAGUUCCUA